GUUUCUGCAUUCCACUUCGUGUUCUCGCAUUUGGUUGAGAGGGUUAGGUUUCGUGAUGGAGAGGCCUCAAUCUUGUUCUACACGGAUGGACAGGGUUAGGUUUCGUGAUGGAGAGGAGAGAGGGGUGAAGGGGACUACCGAUGAAGAUACUUUGGACGACAGUAGAGACAAUGGUGAAGAGGAUCUGUCUGAACAGCCCAGCGCCUUUGAAGAAAAUACUCAAGAUGAAGGAUCGAAAUAUGUCGCUGUAGCAGGGGAGCAGACUUCUGAGGUUGAGAUUUGGGAUCUUAAUACUGCAGAAAGGUUUGCACGGUUGCCUCAAAGCUGCUCUGGUGGCUCCUCGGGUAUUUCUUCCAAGGAGAGCGGAAUGUGCAUGGCAAUUCAAGCAUUCUCACCAUCUGAAUCACAGGGAUUCCUAAAUGUCUUGGUUGGUUAUGAGGAUGGUUCCAUGCUUUGGUGGGAUAUUAGAAAUCCGGGGGUUCCAAUUACCACUGUCAAGUUUCAUUCAGAGCCAGUUCUAAGUCUAUGCGUUGAUGGGUCAUGCAAUGGUGGUAUCUCAGGAGCCGCUGAUGAGAAAGUUGUGCUGUAUAGUUUGGAUCCUUCAAUGGGUACGUGCAUGAUCAAGAAAGAAAUUGUUUUGGAACGACCUGGAAUUUCAAGCACUUCCAUUCGACCUGACGGUAAAAUUUUUGCAACAGCUGGCUGGGACCACAGAGCGAGGGUGUAUAACUAUCGUAAAGGAAAUGCUUUGGCGAUAUUGAAGUAUCACCAUGCAACGUGUAAUGCCGUUUCUUAUUCCGCUGAUUGUAAGCUAAUGGCAUGUGCAUCAGAAGAUACAACGGUGGCACUAUGGGAACUCUAUCCUCCUCAGACUUAAAACGAUGCGGUCUAUAUUGUCCUAUGGUCCCGAGUUCAAAUUCCCCUCUUUGUGCUGAGUGUAAAUAAUGUUUCUACUAAAAAAAAUAAGAGUAUUGGCGCACCAUGUAAGCACACUAGUUGAAAAACAGACGGAAUUAGCAUGACAUCCGAGAUGCUCUAAUAAAAUUAACUUGUACUGUCGAAUUUUGGUCAGUGCCUCGUA